AUUCGCCAUUGUACGCCUGCUGUCGUGUCUCCAACAACGGAGUUCGUUUGAUCGGUCGACGUUCAUACAUCUACCAGAGAAAUGGUUUGCGGGGGAUUUCAAUGUUCGAAAAAUGCAUUGGCUGCAUUGAAUGUGCUAUAUAUAUUUGUGUCGUUUAUUCUGAUUGGCGUUGCAGCAUAUGGUAGAGUUGUUGCCAUAGUGACCAAUUUAACUCUGGUUGGAGGGAUCAUUGCCUGUGGAGUUUUCCUAUUCAUUAUUGCCCUCAUUGGCCUCAUUGGUGCAAUCAAGCAUCACCAAGUGCUUCUAUUUUUUUAUAUGAUUAUUCUGUUCAUGUUGUUCCUGCUCCAAUUCUCUCUGGCUUGUGCAUGUCUAGCAAUCAAUGAGAAACAACAGGAACAGUUUGCUGAAAAUGGCUGGAGACUUGCCUCAAACCAGACCAAAGAAACAGUCCAGUACAAAUUUGAUUGCUGUGGCUUUUCAGAUUGGAGUAAACCAGGAGAUGACCGCAGUGGACACCCACCUUGUGCCGGGAUCAAGUGCUGUAAUGGGGGUAAUACUGGUCCUUGCUGUACGAAAAUCGUAAAUAUUACUGAAGCUGAUCUACAAGCCAAAUGUCCCUGUCAGACCUGUUUGAAAGCAUUACAAAAUGAAAUCCAUUCUGCCUUUAAAAUAACUGGAGGUGUUGGGCUGUUCUUCAGCUUUACAGAGAUAAUUGGCGUUUGGAUUACAAUCCGAUUUCGUAACCAGAAAGAUCCACGAGCUAAUCCAAGCUCAUUUCUUUAACUUGCGUCAAACUAACAAGUUUGUAUACACGAAUGUGUAUGUUACUAAUUAUGUCUGUUUUAUUCUUGGCGGUGGCUUUCUUCCCAGUUGUUAUGCAAGGACUUCUCUAGGGUUGUCAGUGAAAUAAUAAAGGAACAUUUUUGAGAUUUCAAUAACAAGUUUUUAAAAUAUAUGGUGAUUGUAUUAUCUGUCUCACCUUUUCCUAAAACAUUAUUUUGAAGAUUAAAAGAUAAUUUGUCCACUGAUUCAAUCUCGCUCAACCCCAGAGAAGUUCUAAUCAUUAUUCAUCUCUUGGUCUGGUACAUCUUUGUGGUUGAAUUAAGAAAAUUUAGGUUGUAUCACAUAUAUAUACAGAUGUAGUAACUAUUACAAAAACUAACAUCAUGGUAAACAAUUCAACUGUUUCUUCAUCAUGAACAAUGAAAAAUUGUAUUGAGCCAAAUGAGUACUUAGAAUUAACACUGAAUGCCUGUCGGUCCAGGUUUUCAUUUUGUACAUUACUGAUACAGUUGAAGUUACUUUUAGGUGUGCCAAGGCUGAUUUCCUAAAGGAACUAAAAAGCUAUAGCACAAAUGAAUCAGAUCUGAAUUAAUGCUGAGUCAUUCAAACAACACAACAAUGUGACAUAGUGUGUAGGUAAUCUGAAUGGUCUGCUGAAUUGAUAAAGCAUGCAACUUUCACUCAGUAAACAGCAGUAUUAUAUAUAAAAAAAAAAAAACAGUUCUUUUAAAUCAAUUUGAUUGCAUGACUUGGUGUAACCCUCAAGUUUGCUUUGAUUAUGGUGAUGGCUAUGAGUCUUGUGGCUUUGGUAGAUUUGGAAAGUUGUAAGGGUUUUAUUGAUUUGUAUGUUUAUGGUUUGGUUAAUACAUGCCAUGGGUACACUUCUAGCUCACCUGUCCUGCCAUAAACUUUCUCGUCAGCUUAUCCCAUGGCCAUUGUCAGUCAUCUGACUGUACAGUCACACAUUGAAAUGAAAUAUAGAUUUCUAGAAAUGAUAAGUUAAGGAUUAAAAUAUUAUAAAACAGAUGAAACUAGUCAGUAACUGUCAUAUCUAGGUAACUGUUGUGUUACUCCGCACAAAUCUGCUCUUAUUGAUCAACAAUAUACAUCCUCAGGAAACUGGCAGCAGUCUGUACCAGUCAGGUCAUAACUCGAUGCUUCUUAUUGAUUACCAACAGCCAGACUAGCUGAAGUCAUACUACUUUAUUAAUAUCAUAUUAUGUUUUAAAUGAUUAUCAAGGAUUUAUAAGAGGCCAGGUGAAGUUAUUAAAGCAAAUCAAAUUGACUCACAGCUUUAAAGUUGAAUACAUAUAGACACAUGUACACUGUAUAUAUGUAUAGAAAAAAACACAGAUGCGUGAUAAAGAAGAUAAAGUAGAUCUAUCUUACCAUCUACAUUGAUAAUACACUGUACAUGUAGUAUAUGUACUAUUGUAUGGUAGUACCAUUGUUUCUACAUUUGUAAUACACUGUACAUGUACUAUGUACUAUUGUAGACAAUUGUUUCUACAUGGUCAUUACACUGUACAUGUAGUAUUGUAGUACCAUUGUUUCUACAUGGGCAAUACACUGUACAUGUAGUAUUGUAGUACCAUUGUUUCUAGAUUGGCAAUACACUGUACGUGUAUCGUGGUCUAUGAACUAUUGUAGUGCCAUUGCACAAAGGUACUAAUAUUUUCUUGUGUUUGUAUUUUGGUUUCUGCUGAUAUACAAUGUAAGUUGGUUGAAAUGCAGUUUGUUAUUAGAGAGAUUGAACCGUAUACUUGAUGAAUUAAUCACACAAUAGAAAUUAACACUUACUGAUCCCCAGUACCUUGACAAGUAUACCAUAACAUUAUCCAGUGUAUAUUUAUCUAUAACUGACUGUGAAAACCAGGAACUGGGUAAGAUGUGUGGUAACUGUAUUUCAGAAAGUUUUUAGAGAGUAAAAUGCACAAUAGUGGAGUAGAAACAUUUUCACUUGUAGUGGUUAACACACAAUACUAUGAUCCUGGUGCCAAAUGUAGCAUGGUGAAGUACAUCUUCACUAGCCAAGGCUUCUGAUUAUGUUACACUCCACGAACCCUUGGCAGAUAUAGUCGUGUUUAAACUGCCGUGCCCUGGAAUCCCAAUCCCAGGGCAUCCAAUCAAAUCGUGUUUUACAUUCAGGCUUGGUUUUGCAGUAAACAAAAAUUGCAGCGCUCAGUACAGAGCUACCUCGUCGACUAUGUCAUGGCAUUUUAUCUAAAUACAGAGACGUACAAUGUUUGGGGAAAGAUUUACAGUGUUUAAUCAAGUUAUUGAUCACCUACCUAUCAAAAUAACACAAGUCUCCAUGGGUGUUUGUAAACAUCACUGAUGAAGUACAUAGGUAACGCUCGUUUUGAUUGGUUGAAAAUGUCAUGCAUAAAGGGUGGUAAUUUGGAAUCUCAGCUAGAGGGCUGGAACUGACGACUAUAACUGCCAAGGGUUCGUGGAGUGUAACGUAAUCAGAAGCCUUGUCUUGCGAAGAUGGGUUAAAAAGAGAACAAUAACAACCUAAUCAUUGUUUAGCUACAUAUUUACAUGACCUACCCAAUUAUUUAUUAGAACAUUGACAGCUAAUAACAAAAUAUGUAGCCUCUCCUCAACAUAAUUACAAAAAACAUUAAACUUCAGUUAACAUACAGAUACCCGACAAAGCUUGUCUGUUGGGUUUACGAGUUAAACAUGUAGAAAAAUGUGAAAACUCAAAAAGUAAUCAAUAGUAACUAUCUGUAAUGAGAUUUUCAGAUAAUUUCAAAAUUUAGAUGAUGCAUGACAUGCAUGUAAAACAUUAUCGGUGGAACAAUAUGCUUUUUAUCGGCAGAAUAUAUAAUGUUUAGAAAAUGGGAGCAAUGCAACCUAUUUGUAUUUGUUAAUAACAUCAUGGUGUAACUUUUUUGUUGUACUGUUUCAGCCUGGUAUCAUGUUAUAUAUAUACUGGUAAAUGUAACAUACAUAGAUCGAGAUGAUUGUUAAUGAUUACGUUUACAUUAUGUUUCAGAUUAUUGGAGUCUGGCUUGCACUACGAUACAGAAAUCAGAAAGAUCCUAAAGCAAAUCCAAGUGCAUUUUUAUAGUUGUAGUUAAUUAGUAGUAUAUAAUUCAUAUAGAUUUACACAUAUUACUGUAAGUAUUCUUGUUUUAUCUAAGAAACUCCACCAGAUACAUAUUUUGUGAACCAGGAUAUUCGUGAUAGGUAGAUAAACUGAUCAGAUGUAGUGUGGAAGGACAUUAUAAUAUGGCCAAAGUUGAAUUAUCUUCGUAUUUCUGGAUUCAGUGAUAGACAUAUGUUGCACAAGUCAUUUUUCUUCACAGAUCAAAAUCAUAUCUACCAGGGUACAUGUUUCAUUGUAUCCCAAACUGUCACAUUGUAUGUCAAAUCACUGAAUGUUAAUAUCUUGGUUGGCAAUAUCGUCUGUGUUUAUGCAUAAAUUAAAUCUAGAUUAAGACUAGCAUUGAUAUAAAUAUACAUGUGAUUAUAGAUAAACAUUUUUAUCUUGCAUAUCUUAGUUAAGACAGUUUAUUUACAGUUCUAUGUUAAUACAGAUAAAGCUGUUGGAAACUUGACACAUGGAGACAGAUAGUGUCCUGUGUCAAAUGUACAGUAUUACCUGUUUUACUUGCCAGGUCCAGUUCAAAGCUUGGUCAACACAGGGUAUAAUGCUUCAUUUAUAGCUUGUUUAUCAAAUCAGCUUCAAUGUACAUUUAUAUAUGUUUUGAUUUCCUAUAAUGCCCCACUCACACAGUAUGUCUAUGGUAAACAUUGCAGGGUAAUGGUACGUACAGGUAAUCAGGCAGGUUAGAGAAAUGUACAUUGUUGUGUUCAGAUAUACUGAUCCAACUUUGACCUGGGUUCCUUUAUAAUUUAUAUGUAUAUAAUAUUGUUUCAUGUAUUUAUUUGUUAGUUCAUUCUGUAGUAGUUUUGUGUAAAAUAUUGGAAAAACAUGUAUGUGGGGAGUGUAACUGUGGCAUUACAACAACAUACUAGUUACUGCAAUCCCAGUGUAAUUAAUGGUUGUCGACGAGAUUGUUUUGAUCAUAUAAUAAAUAAAGGUUGCAUAUUGUUAUAUUUUCUGUUGAUUAGUCAAGGACUAAGAAUCUUUUUUUGUUUGUAACUAAGUAACUUGGUUGAUGAGUAUAAAUAUGUAUUAUCUCUAUACAUAAAAGUUAUUAUUUGCAUAAAUAUAAGAGUUUUAUUAUGUAACUAUUUAGUUUUGUUCUUGUUAACUAUUGUAUUGAAGAAGUGAUUUCUUCGUCAAUGUUUGUCUAGACAGAUUUGAUAAAUGAACAGAGUAAAGGCCAGUCACAUCAGCUAUAUAUAGCACUCAUUGUUUCUUGUUGAAAGAAAGCCCCAUCAAUAUGUGUAAGUAAUCCUGUAGAUUACACCCAAUUAAAUAAAAAUCAAAAGUAAUGAAUUUAGAAAAUGAUGACUACAGUUAUGACAGUGUACAACACUUUGUAGUUGCCCUCUUUUUGAUUGUUAAGUGAGUGUUGUUCCUUCAUGCUGCUGUUUUGAGGGAAGCAUGAAAAUUUAUACAAUCAUAGUAAAUAUUCCAACAUAAUGCAUACAUGUUAGCUCCAAGAGUAGGGUUUUCAUUGCAUAUCAUAUAAAUGAGGUGUUUUUCAACCUAAAAGAGUCUUGUAUAGUUGGAAUGAAAUUGAAAACAUAGCUAGGUCCUUUUUGUUUCUAUACUUCAAAAGGCUGUAAGAAUGGCCUAAACCCAAACUGUAGAGCUAAAUUGUAUUGAUCUGACAUCAGCAGUGCUCACAGCAGGUUGUACAGUAACAGUAUGUUGUUGUUAUGUCUGGGUGUAAAAGGGUGGUAUAUUUGGGUUGUAUCUAAUAGAUCUUAUAAUGGAAAUCCAUAGUAUGUUUGUGUGUGUCGAUUUUAUUUACAAGUCAGGAAUUUCAAUUAAAACAUUUCAUUUUAGGAAUAUGAUCAGUGGCACUCCUUACAAAGGCAAACAGGGAAACUGUUUUAGUACUUAAAAAAGACUCGAGUAUUUCAAUGAAACUGCCUUUGAAACCAUAUAUAGAUACCAAAACUGAGAUUUAGCUUUUCACCAAUUAUUUGAUGUUAAUGAACUGCCACUACAUUAUAAACAUUUUUUGUUCUGUUUUUGUUUUUUUAGUUAAACAUUUUAUUGGAAAUGAAGAUUUUACUGCAACAUGGUUAGUUACCAUAAUAUGAAAGUGAGUGCAAUAAAGUACUGUAACAGAUGUUUAAGUUUUCUUGUAAAUAACUUGGAACAUUCGAUUCUAAUCAAUGACAUUCCUGCACUUUUGUCUUAGGUAUAUUGUUAUACAUCAUUUUUUCAUGACAUUUCAGCUGUUCAGUAGGUCACAUGUGGAAUCUUUGAAUAGUUCAGUUUCAGGCACUUGUUAGCAUUACCAUGACUUUUAACAUCCAUGGACAUUGGCAUUUAUCUUAAAGGAAAUGCAUUCUAUGUACCUGUACGUCCUCAAAGUAGUCGGAACAAAGUGAACAGUAAGCUUGGAGCGAAAGUUGUUUGUACCAGUAAGAUUUUACUGUAGAAUCAAUUUCAUCUUUAAGUACAAAUAAUUCAUCAAUUGUCACAUUUGAAUUUUCUACCCUAUUUUAAUGUUAAGGAUUCAAACCUUUUUCAUGUGCUAGACAGUGCUUCAAACUUGUCUGUAUAAAUGACUAAAAUAGUUUAGAUUAGUGAUACAGUGUACCAUGUCCUUGGUAUGGAAACAAUGAUCUGAAAAUAACAUUACUGUCAAUCCAGACCUGCUGUAGUGCAGGACCAUAUAUAUGUAAUAUUGUAGACCUGUUCUAGUCUUUAAGUCUCAUUUUUGUGUGGAUUGAGAAUUUGACUUAAGGAUGUAUGCUACACUAAUUAUUGGAUAUAGGAUUAUCUCCCUUCUAAAGGGCACUCGAUUUAAUUUUUCCUUUCUUUUUUUUCUUUUUCUUUUUUUUUGUAAAUGAUGGUUCAGAAUUGUUCAGUGAUGAUCCAAAUAAAUUGUAGAUGUUUUUAUUUCAUGCCGUUGUUGAAAGAUUGACAGUUUUUGAGGGAGAUAGCUCCAUGUCAUAGGUCAUCUCUUGAGUAAGCCUGUGGUUGGAUCAACUCACACAUGACUUUCUUCAUUUUCAUGUUACUCCAACUUAAAUCACAACAGUAAUGUGUAAGCAUAUAUCCUCAAGUCUAUGAAAUUAUGCAUUACAUUGUUUUAGUUAAAAUUGUAUUAAGAAAGUAUUUACAAAAUGUAUUAAUUUUCAGUGUGAAUUGUCAUGAUUUAUUGUGAAUAAUUAUAUGCUCAAUGGUUUGAAGGUAAUUGUAUGUUCAUGUAAGGUCUUCCUGAUGUGUAUUGUUUGUAAGACAUAUAUUAAUAUAAAGUUCUUUUCAUUUUAAUAUUUAAUGAAAAUAGUAUCUUGGUAUAAUUAAUCUUCCCCUAAAAUAUGUUCCAUUAUGUUGCAAAGUUUCUUUAGGAAAUACUAGAGUGACUAUCUCUCCUUGUCUUGUACAUAACUAUUAUUCAAAGUUAAAAACAUUUUUUCUAAAAUCAAUAUGAAUUUGAUAGCUUUAAUAAAUAACAUUUUUCUAAAAUCAAUAUGAAAUUUGAUAGCUUUAAUAAAUAACAUUUUUCUAAAAUCAAUAUGAAAUUUGAUAGCUUUAAAAAUAUUAGAAUCAAACACAGGUCCUAGUGCAAUAUUUAUGUUUAUGUCCCGUGAAUUAUUUACAGGUCUGUUCCAUAUUUCAUUUGUUUACUUGUUUUUCUUUAAUUUGCUAAAUCCAAACAGUUCUGUAGUUAUUCAUGCUUGGAAGUAUUUUGUGUUAACAUUUCUGAAGAACUACUGUUUCUCUAGCAGGUUAAAACAUCAUGUCAGUAUAUACACCCUGUAAUCAAGAAAUUCUGGUAAAAGAAUUUUAUGCAAUGCUCAUGGGUGAUUUCUGUGUGACUAAUAUUGAAGCUACAGUAUUUUACAUUCCAUUGUACUAUCAGUAGGUAUUACAUCAGCAUUGUUAUACAUUUUUAUUUUCUAAUAACUCAAAAAUAUACUGUACAUCAAAAAAUGUCUAGUUUUAAUGUGGACCCUGCAAAAUGAUAUCAGUUUUGUUUCCCUAUUUGCAGUAAUUAAAAAUGAAUACAAUCUGUACAACAUUUACUGGAUAAGAGUACCUAUUCUAAUAGUACUUUAUGUUUAUAUUUAAAACUGCAUGGUAAUUGCAGAAUUAAAAGGCAAGAAGUCCCUGUUACAUUAAUACUGAAGCUGUUUGUCAGUAAAAACCUUUUUUCUUUUCUUUUUACGUCGUGUACAUGAAGUGUCAGUUGAUUUGACCCGUAAUAGUUUCUAUACCUGUAUGUGUGGCAUUACUUUUAUAAUUCCAUAAAGGUAUAUCAAUAAGCAAGGAAGAUUGCCAAAAUAUUUUUUCAAAAAACUGAUUAAUAGAAAAAUAUACCGGGUAAGUGUUCAUUCCCAGAAUGAUACUAAUACUGAUUUUACAUUUAUAUCAGAAAUGUGGGGGAAACAAAUUAAAUGCAAGGUCAAUUUUAAUUAAAAUGAUGCUAGUCUUUUAUUGAGGUAAAUGGUUAAAUGAUUUAACAUCAAAAGUGUGAUAUUGAAAAUUAUUUAGCGUUUAUUAAGUGAUGAUAAGUUUUGUCAUAUUGAAGUCCUAAAGCCAAACCUAUGUCUUUUUGUUUUGAACAGUUUACUGGUUAUAUUUUUCAUUAAUAUUUGUCUAAAUGUUUGACAGUUUUAGAACCUUUUAGACACUUAAUAUAAUGUUUAUUCUGUGUUUCUCUGCAAGUGCUUCAGAAAGAAAUCCAUUCAUUUUGUUGUUUUAAACUGUCAGAGUUUUUAUCUUGUGUAUGAUUUCUAUUUUACAUGGUUUGUGUGUGUGAAUGGGGAAGCUGUAUAUUAUAUACAACUGUAACAGGUAUUGAAGGUUCAUUAAUAAACUUGUUAUAAUCACA